AUCUGUCAACCACGUGAUGGUUUUCCUACUACGCGCUGCUCCUCUGCACUUCAGCUCGGCUCCACUGAUGAGUGAUCAAUAAAAAAGUGCCUCAGGAUCGAGAUUCAUCCGUUUACCCUCAUUUACUCCCUCUUUUAAACUUUGUUAAACGAUGCCUCGUCCUUUCCUGCUGCUCCUCGCUCUCUCCUCCGCGCUCCACUGCUCGCGUCAAGAGCUGAUUGAUGACCUGCUGGACAGCUUGUCCAAAGCAGUGGCCUUUUUCGAAAAGCAGAGCGGGCACAUUAACCUGGACGGCGUGGUUGGUUAUGUCGUUCUGCAGACUCAGUUACAGGAAGCCACGAGAGCUUGGCCUCACUCAGACUUCGUCAGCCUCUCUCAGCGCUCCACGGCUGUGUCUCUGGUCAAAAAGCUGGACAGAAGCUUGUCCCACGCUGUCAGGUCACUGCAGGAGACGGACCCGAAAUAUUACAAAGAGUUCGAGCCCAUCCUGGACACGGCUUUUUGGGUUUUGCCUCGCGAAUGGAGCUCCACUGACCCCUCCCUCGUGUACUCAUCGCUCAGAACUACAGAGUGUUAUGAUGAGCAGGUGGGGGACAAGUGCAUGACGCUGCUGCUGGGAACGUGGAAAGACAACGGGACGCCGUGCAUCGUGACGAAGUCCUGCAGAGACACAAUGACGCGUUUCGGAUGUCCAUAUUACUCGCUGUCUCACCAGCUGCUGUACUUCAUGAUUGGGACCAUGAAAGGAUGCUCCAGGAUGCUGAAAGGUGAUAUGCGGCUGUCUCGCGUCAACAUUACUGUGGAACACUAUCAGAGGAUAUUCUGCUCCAACAUGAUGAAGAGCAACCAGGAGAUUAUCAGCAAAGGCUUCACCAGCCAGAUGCAGGAUAUUUUCAUCGAAAACAUCCUUCUAUGUGGCUUGGCUGGCUUCUCGGACUUUUACAAAGGAGACUGGUUACAGCACAUUCUGGAAUGGCAAGACAAAGAACUGGGCUGUUUUGGAAAAGAGGAGGAUUACUUGCAAAUGUUUGAGGAAUUCUUGGAUACACCCCACAAGCGAGUGAAGAGAAGAGAAAAGACUCUAAAAGACGGAUGUUCGAGUCACAUGACGGGCGUAGCAGUGAGUGCACUGGGCGGAUACCUCAACUUCUACCUGGCUGAGCAAGACAUCACCAAGAGGCCACUGAUCUAAGACUCUGGACACUGUGGCUGUGGACCUGUGCAUAAAAUAAUAACAAAUGGUUACAUUCACUAACACGCAUGCCUUUUUAUUCUAUAGAAAAAUAAACAAUCUGUACAUUUUUUCAAUAGCAGUAUAGUAUCGAAGAGCGAUGCUCUGGUAAUAAAACAACACGCCAUAUGAAGAUAAUCAUGAGUAGACGUGUUUCAUAGCCGUAACCUAAAAACAGAUGUUUGAAUUGUAGUUCACAUGCAGUUGGUACUCAGUAAAAGUAGUUUUAAUGCUCAGAGUUUGGAACCCCUGUGGGUGCAUUUUGACCCAAAGAGCUUUCUCAAUAAUGCAUGUUUGACUGCAUUCCAGGAACAGCAUGUACUCUCAAGCUGCAUGGGAAGCGAGACUGAAGCCACAAAAACUAUGUAUUGCAAAAGAAAUUACACUCUAACAAGCAUUAA